UUCAAGACAAGAUCCGUUCUCAGAAGUGCAGUUUGUGCGGUUUCUGCUACAGUUAUUUUUGUUAGUGAUGGUGCUUCUUUUUACUGUGUAGAAAGCAAAAACAUUUUCGUGAGUGGAUUGAUAUUUGUGUAAUGUUGCCGGUUGUGAUGACAUACAAGUGGACGAGCGCCUGCAGCUACCAUUAUCAAAAAGUGUGUUUUAACAAAAGUCAAAACUGUAAAAUAAGAACCUUCAAGUGCAAUUGACGAACUGUGUUUGAAAAGUGAUCUUUUUGGUAAAAAUGGCUACAAGAAAUAUGAUUCGUGUCGUGAGGCGCUUCAGUAGACUCAACAUCCUACCUAGAAUGGGCAGUUUCACAUCAACUCCUAGGGUCCUCAACGAAGACAUUCUAGACCAUGACGUCAACCUUCCCAAAAACAUAAGCAGAACAGAGUUGUUGCAACAUUGUCAGCGUCAGCCAAAAAUACAACCUAUGGUGAAGAGAAUGUUCCGGAAAGCUAGACCAUCGUCAGAUUUCAACUGUGGGGUUAAAGUCAAGAAGUUGAAUGCUGUAUCGAGAGCAUGCAGUGAAUAUACCUCUGGCCCCAACAAUUUACGGGUAUUACAAUGGAAUAUUUUAUCCCAAGCUUUGGGACAAAUGAAUGAUAACUUUUCUAAAUGUCCCGAUGAGGCUCUGGAAUGGAAUUCAAGACGGUAUCUGAUUAUAGAAGAACUGGUAGAGUAUUGUCCCGACAUUAUUUGUCUACAGGAAGUUGAUCAUUUCAACUUUUUAAGCCAUAUAUUGGAGACGCAAGGUUACACUGGUUUAUUUUUCCCCAAACCCGACUCACCCUGUAUAUACAUCGAUGGUAAUAAUGGACCUGACGGUUGUGCUAUUUUUUAUAGAAAGGACAAAUUCGAAUUACUUGAGGCACAGACCAAAAUUUUGGAGAUAUGGAAGGUUCAAAGUAAUCAGGUCGGUCUACUAACAAUUUUAAAGAUUAAAGAAACAGGCCAAAAAAUCUGCGUCGCCACAACCCACCUAAAAGCCAAAAAAGGAGCUCUGCUUUCCACUCUUCGCAACGAACAAGGUAAAGACCUCCUACAGUUCGUGAAAGCAAACAGUCAGGAUCUUCCUUUGAUUCUGUGUGGUGAUUUCAACGCAGAACCUACUGAGCCUUUGUACUCAACCGUACUUGACAAUUCUCUUCAGCUGGGUAGUGCUUACGCUGACUGUGAUACCGAUCCUAGAAUUUCCUCAGCCGAAAGGGAACCUUCGUAUACGACGUGGAAGAUUCGAGGCGAAGGCGAGGUCUGCCAUACUAUAGAUUACAUGUUUUAUUCUAAGAAUAAGUUAGAACUAGAAGCCGUAUUAGAUAUGCCGACGGGAGAGGAAAUUGGAGAGAACAGAGUGCCCAGCCUUUCUUACCCUUCAGAUCACUUCUCAUUAGUGUGUGAUUUUAAAAUAGGUCAUAGUUAGGUUUAGGUUGUGAUAUAUUUAUUAAUACGUUUAGAUGUAUAAUUUUGGGUUUUAUUUUAUAUUAAAAUAAAAUCAGGACGGUACAAGCAGGUACAAUGAUUAGGUUUUAGGGUGUAAAUAUGAAUUCUGAUAAUAAAAUGACUAAUAAUUUA